GCACUCCACCACGCAGAGAAUCAUGGCGGACUACGAAGCUGAUUACGACGCUGACUACGCAGAGCAGCCUGUCCGCGAGCGCCGCUACCGCAAGAAGUGCUUCAACUGUGGCUCGCUCGACCAUCUUGUCGUCGACUGCCCGUCCGAGGUCAAGCUGUGCUUCCACUGCCAGUCGGCCGACCACCUGGCGUCCGAGUGCCCGACGCCCAUGCCGCGCGAGUGCUACGUCUGCGGUUCGAUCGAACACGUUCGUGCGGCAUGCCCGCAGCGCCCGGCGCCGGCUCCGCGUGAGCCGCGUGAGCCGCGCGAGCCGCGUGAGCCGCGUCCGCCCAAGGCCAAACGCAAGAAGCGCUGCCACAUCUGUGGCGAGGACGACCAUCUCUUCCGCGACUGCGAUCAGUACGACCCGGACCUGGCGGCGGCCAAGAAGUCGUGCCACAACUGCGGCGGCAUGGGUCACAUCCAGCGGACCUGCCCCGAGCCGCCCCGCGAGCCCGACCAGCGCCCUUGCCACCACUGCGGCCUGACCGGUCACGUCAAGCGUGACUGCCCGGCUCUGCAGGAGGAGUAACUGGCCCUGUCCACAUACCACUCUCACUCUCAACUUGCGGCUGGCGGUAUCGCUGGCUGCAGACUGUUCCUCGGUUUUCCGCGUGGGCGAGAGCCACGCGUCGCCUUCCCACCCUCGUAAACGAAGAUGUGCUUGCUU